UGAAAAUCGUUAUUUGCAUCACAAGUCAUGUAUAAGUUUGCCGACGCCGCUGCGUUUUGACAGUGACAUUUGACAGCUGUGACGGGAAAUUGAAUUUUGGUCCCAAUAUUGAUUAAUCUCGGCCCGAAAAUGUCGUUAAAUGAAAGGGUGCAGGAAGAAAUCGAGGCGUUGGAAGCAAUUUUGAUGGAUGACAUUUCCAUCUCAUAUGGGGACAAUGGGUGUCCCGAAUUGGUGAAAUCGACGAUAUUUCCCUCAACUGCCGACGACACGGACAAACAAUACGUUUGUGUGACUUUGGAAGUCAAAUUACCCGAUAAUUACCCCGAUUGUGAGCCUUUGGUGCAAUUGAGGAACCCUCGAGGUUUAGACGACACGACCCUAAAUCACUUGUAUCGAACCAUAAAGGACAAAUGUAACGAGUUUGUUGGUCAACCUGUCAUUUACGAGUUAAUCGAAUUAAUACGCGAGAACCUCACCGAGAGUAAUCUACCGACGUGCCAUUGUGCUGUGUGUUUGUACGGAUUUUCCGAAGGUGAUAGUUUCACAAAAACGCAAUGUUUCCACUACUUCCAUUCCUACUGUCUUGCAAUGCAUUUAAUAACCACCGAAAAACACUUCAUUGAAGAACAAGAAAAAUUACCAACUUGGCAAAAAAGCACGACGGGAUUUCAAGCCUCGUGUCCUGUUUGUCGCGAACCAAUCAGCUGUGAUGUCCAAGAACUGAAGAAUGCUCUUCCACCGAGAGAACUCGAAAAAGCUCAAAAUUUUCAAGUCACCAAAGAACUACAAAUGUUGCAAGCACAAAUGAAACAAUUGUUCAUCUAUCAGAAGAGUCGGGGCGGAAUCAUCGACGUGGAAGCCGAGGAAAACAAACUACUGCUCAUCACCGAGUCCAGCGAAAGCUCACCGGGAGAUGAUUCGGGUCCGAGUGAGUUAAAUGGGGUGUUGAGUCGUCAAAGAUGCGAUCCACGCACCAAUUCAAGCAGGUGACCAAAGUGUUCAAUAAUAAUAAUAAUAAUAAUGUCAAAAAAAGUACGUGUCAUUAAAAUCUACUCAUUUGUGAAAAUUUCGUUCUAGUGAAGGUAUAAAAUUACUUAGGACUAAAAUGUAUUUUAAUUUAUUUUGUAAAACUUCUAUAUUUAAUAAAUAGAAUAGUUCAA